CGGGUUUUGACGGUCAGUGGUGAUAUAACAAAAUGGUAUUUGUGCGAUUUGUGUAAAAUUAUUGCGCUGGCCUUCAGGUAAAAAUGGAGAUAAACAGUUUGUCGCGUUUUAUUAUAAAAUUUAUGCCCGGUUAUUGUAAUUUAACGUAACCGUAGAUCGUUAAAUAAUACGACAGGUAUUGAAAAAAUCGGUGUGAAAGUAAUGCAGAAACGGGAGAAAAUGUUUCCUUCGGUCAAUCUUUCACUGGCUGCAAUGUGCAAACGAUGAUGUAAUUUGCGAGUGUCGUGAUUCAAAGUGAAAACAGUUUGAUGGAAGAUGGACAAUCCCAGUUUUCGGAAAGAUGGUGACAGGAGGGAUAAAGGUAUAGAAUUAUCGGCUCCGAGGGCAAAUGGGGGCGCUUCGGCCAGCCAAAAUUUAGUCACCUGUACGCCUGAAGUAUGCAGAAGUGCAAGACAACGAUACCAAGCCCCGGAUCUCGCCGGUAGCCCCUGGCACAUAAAAAAGACUAUCUUUCUCGUCGGAAUAAUAGUGCUUUUAAUUGUUUGGAUUAUCGUUUUUACCACUUUAAAUCAAUUCAAACUGUUGUGAUCGUGUGUAGUCUAAUAAGUGAAGAAACAGCAAAUGUGUGUGUUGUUUAAUUUUAAGGUGCAAUGAAUACAAUAUUUUUAUUCGAGUUGUUGCGUUUUGUUCAAUGAAUUAUUUAUAACCGGAAUUGAAUAACUCUCUCAAGGUAACUCGCCACAAGUGGGUAAAACAAAACAACGACACGACGAAAUCAGUCUCAAUCAGAUUAAACAACUUGUUAUCAUCAAACUUUCAACUAUCUGUUCGUUUUUAACGUUCGAACAAUGAACACCAGUACGGAAAUUCUAACAAAGCGCCAUACAGAGGUGAUGGAGCAAGGGGCUUCCGCAAGGAAACCGCAAGUGCAGCAAGUUUUUGUUGGGUGGGACAGACAAAAGUCGUUCACAUUCCUUGGACUUUCACUCUGUUUCGUUGUUUGGGCCUGCGUGUACUUCCCCUUGAUGUCAUAACAUAACACUUUCACUUAUUGUAAAUAAUGUAAAUUCUGUUUUAAUAAAAUUAUAAUUAAUUGUGGGUUGCCUAACUUGCCUUCAAGAUUAAUUUGCACAUCUCUUCCGCUCCAAGGUUUUAUCAUUGAAUUAAAUUAGGCAAAAAAGUGUUAUGAAUAAUAUGAUUGUGUGCCUGUUGAACUUAAGACAUGUCGUUCUUUUAUAAUGCGACCCCUUUUUUAAUUGUGGCCGUUUUAAUUAUUGGAGAAGUUUACUGUAGAGACGCAUCUUCGCUGACACGUGCAGAUAACUUGCGAUUACCACCAUGGGAUGUUAAAAACGCGACUCAAUGGCCAGCCUUAGGCCGCCCAAGCAACCCAUCAUGGUUCAGCGUCAGACCCAUGACCCGCCAACGUCCCAGCACUAAUAAUUUUAACACAGGGACACGUCGACAAGAACCCCAAAUACCUCAAUCAACGAAUGAAGUAACCGAUGACGAAUUAAGAAAUUUUGCCGAAACGUUGUUAACAAAAGAUGUAAACAAUGCUGCCAAAUAUGUAACAAUCAACUUGCAAGGUAAAACUACUUCGGGCUCCAGUAGAGAUGCGGCGCCUUUGCCACUUCUAUCAAUCGACAAAGAAGCUUUCAAAAUCGCAUCAAUUGACAAAACGUUGCGUUUACACGACAAUUACAUCGUGGAAAGCAACAUGAACGAAUACUCGAGCCCUCAAGAGAAAAACGAAGAGAAUUCGCUUUUGGACACGAUUCUAACAACGCCAGUAAUGCAAGAGACGCGCAAUUUUCUUAUGCGGACCAAUCGCAUCGGACGAGACCCCAACGAAUUCAAAAACAUUUUGCGCGAAAUUUGGUUCGAGAUGUAUGCGAGGGGCGGCGGUAAAAUCGGUUCGAGUGGCUUCGAACAUGUUUUUUUAGCCGAAAUUAAGAAAAACCAAGUGUCGGGAUUGCACAAUUGGCUGUAUUUCGAGCAAGAAGAGCGCAACAAUCAAGCCAAUUAUUUGGGAUACAUGAAAAAAAUUGACCUUGGCGAUAAGGGGGCAAUUUUGAAAUACCAUUUCACAUUUCAUGGCAUUGAUAAGCCGGUUGGGUCGAUGUUUAUUGGAACGAGCCCCGAAUUUGAAAUGGCUUUGUAUUCGACGUGUUUUUUGCUGAGAGCAGACCGAGUUUGUCCUUUGAAAUUGAAUGGAAGCAGGUUCGUUAUAAGGACCUUUACCUACAGGUACAGGGGGAAGAAUAUGAUCGGGAGUGCCUUCCCUGAUAUUUGAUCUAAUUUCCAUUAUCAUUAUAUUGAUCAAGUGUUUGCAAUAACUGAGAUAAAGAUUGUUUCAACAUGCGAAUAAAUAAGAUAAAACAAUAA